AUGCCUGCUGCCUGUGAUUCAGUUCUUGAAGAUAUUGAAGAUAUUGUGUCAGCAGAAGAUUUGAAACCACACAAUCGUCAGUUUGUAAGAAAGAAUGUCUUCCCGAAAGUGCGAAAACGCAAUUCACAAAAUGUCCAGACAGAUGAUGACCCCCCAAGUGACAGCAUUAUUCCUGGUGUUCAGAAAAUCUGGAUUCGUACGUGGGGAUGUUCUCACAAUAAUUCAGAUGGUGAAUAUAUGGCUGGACAGCUGGCUGCCUAUGGAUACAAAAUUACAGACAACUCUGCUGAAGCAGAUUUAUGGUUGCUGAACAGUUGUACAGUAAAAAAUCCUGCUGAGGACCACUUCAGAAACUCAAUCAAGAAAGCCCAAGAAGGAAAGAAGAAAGUGGUUCUAGCAGGCUGUGUGCCACAAGCCCAACCACGUCAGGACUACCUGAAAGGCUUGAGUAUCAUAGGGGUUCAGCAGAUAGAUCGUGUAGUAGAAGUUGUGGAGGAAACUAUUAAAGGUCAUUCUGUGAGAUUGCUGGGUCAGAAAAAGGAUAACGGAAAACGUUUGGGGGGAGCACGACUGGAUUUGCCAAAGAUUAGGAAGAAUCCACUGAUAGAAAUUAUUUCCAUCAAUACAGGGUGUCUCAAUGCAUGUACCUAUUGCAAAACAAAGCAUGCCAGAGGAGAUCUAGCAAGUUAUCCAAUUGAAGAGCUAGUGGACAGAGCCAAACAAUCUUUUCAAGAGGGUGUUUGUGAGAUAUGGCUGACCAGUGAAGACACAGGGGCUUAUGGCAAAGACAUUGGCACAGACCUCCCUACGCUUCUGUGGAAGCUGGUUGAAGUUAUUCCUGAGGGAGCUAUGAUGAGGCUUGGCAUGACAAACCCUCCCUAUAUUUUAGAGCAUCUGGAGGAAAUGGCGAAGAUUCUCAAUCAUCCAAGAGUCUAUGCUUUUCUGCACAUACCAGUCCAGUCAGCUUCUGACAGUGUGCUCAUGGACAUGAAAAGAGAAUACUGUGUGGCAGACUUCAAACAAGUAGUGAAUUUCCUUAAAGAAAAAGUGCCUGGAAUAACAAUUGCUACAGACAUCAUCUGUGGUUUUCCAGGAGAGACAGAUGAAGAUUUUCAAGAAACAAUGAAACUUGUAGAACAGUACAGGUUUCCCAGCUUGUUUAUUAAUCAAUUUUACCCACGCCCAGGAACUCCGGCUGCGAAAAUGCAUCAAGUUCCAGCUGCAGUGAAAAAACAGAGAACAAAGGAUCUGUCCCAGCUGUUUCAUUCAUACAGUCCAUAUGAUCAUAAGGUUGGUGAGAGGCAGAGAGUUCUGGUAACAGAAGAAUCCUUUGAUUCCAACUACUAUGUUGCUCACAAUUCUUUCUAUGAGCAGGUUCUUGUGCCAAAGGAUCCUCUGCUAAUGGGUAAGAUGGUAGAAGUGAAUAUUUAUGAAGCUGGGAAACAUUUUAUGAAGGGGCAACUAGUGUCAGAUGCCAGAGUUUACACUGCAUCCAUCACCAAGCCUUUGGCAAAAGGAGAAGUUUCUGGUUUAACAGAGGAGUUCAGGCAUGCACCACAGAAUGGCACAAACUGGAAAGCAAACCCUUCUGCUGAGACCUCACUGGAAACACCACUCAGCUCAUGGCUGACUUUGCAGCUUCCAUGGCAACAAGAAGGGGAUGGACUGAAGAUACUGUCUGUCAGCCUGGUUCUACUUGCAGUGCUUGUUACGUUUUUCUAUGGAGUAAUGAAAACAGAGCUGUGAACUG